UUUCUGAUACACAAACGUGAAUAAUGGGUGCUCUAGAUCAUCUCUCAAACAUCUUCGAUUGCUCUUCCGGCGGAUCCAAGCACAAGAAACGCAAGCAAUUGCAGACGGUGGAGAUCAAGGUGACGAUGGACUGCGAAGGAUGCGAGAGGAAGGUGAAAGGGGCACUGGAGGGAAUGAAGGGUAUGAAGCAGGUGCACGUGGACCGCAAGGCGCACAAGGUGACGGUCGUCGGAUACGUGGAACCGAGCAAGGUGGUGUCCCGCGUGGUGCAUCGGACGGGCAGGAAGGCCGAGAUCUGGCCGUACGUGCCAUACGACGCCGUUGAUCACCCGUAUGCGCCUAGUGUCUACGACGGGAAGGCCCCAUCUGGAUACGUGCGAAACGUGCAGGACUCGCAAAUGUCGUACCUGACACGUGCGAGCUCCACUGAGGUGCGGUACACCACAGCUUUCAGUGAUGAGAACCCCGCAGCAGCUUGUGCCAUUAUGUGA